AUGGCUUCUUCUUCCUCAUUCUCGGCCAUCUUCAUCAUAAUCAGCCUAUAUACCUUCUUCACAAUAGCUCGCUCAUCGACCAUCGGCAAUCGAGAGAGAGCUCCGCCGUCAGUGCAAUUAUCCGCCGCUCGCGGUGUUCUCAAUCGCCUCAUUCCAUCGCACUACAACAGUUUCGAGUUUCAGAUCAUCUCUAAGGAUCAAUGUGGUGGAGUAUCUUGCUUUGUAAUAAGCAAUCAUCCUUCUUCUAGCAAGCGUGGCAAUCCAAAGAUUUUAAUAAGUGGAGUCACUGGGGUGGAGCUUUUGGCUGGUCUACAUUGGUACUUGAAGUUUUGGUGUGGAGCACAUAUAUCAUGGGAUAAAACUGGUGGUGCACAACUAUCUUCAGUGCCUAAUUCAGGCUCUCUUCCUCAUGUUCAAGAUGACGGAGUAUUAAUCCAAAGACCUAUUCCUUGGAACUAG